AUGAACGACGAGGAUGAUUAUCUGUCCGACAAAUUCUUGCAACAACUUGAAGCAAAGGAGAGGUCUAACAAAUCGUACUCACAGCGAAGGAAAGAUGCUCAACGCGACUCGGAAAUUAGGAAUCUAGCCGGUCGCACCAAGUCGAAGAAGGAGCUAGAGAAGGAGGCUAUGGAUAAACUCAAGGAGGGAAUGUCUACAAGUUUAUUCGAGCGGGAGAAGCUGGCCGUCGCUGAGGGUGGCUCGGAAAGCAAGGCCAUGAGAAUGAUGAGCAAGAUGGGUUUUAAGCCUGGACAAGCUCUAGGGAGACAGGAAGUCGCCGUUUCUCCUAGUGAAUUGGUGGAAGGGUCAACGAGCAAGACUACCAGUAACAAGAAGGCUGUUCCCAUCUCUAUCAACCUAUGGGAAGGUAGAAAAGGUCUCGGGGCCAUGAAACGUCCUCUGUCGCCUGAUUCAGUCGCACAUGAGCUCGAGCGCGCAGCAAAGGCCGCCAAAACAAGGGAGGCUCUGUCUCAGGACGAAUUUAGAAGCAGGAACAGAGCUGAAUUCGAGGAAAAGAGGGAUGAAGGUCGACUCCUCUCUGCUCAGAAGACUUGUGCCGUUCUAGACGAAAAAGCAGGUGUAACCUUCAAUUACCUUGUCGUCAAUCCUCGUAGGGCAAAACUCAUUCCACCGAACCUCCUUGAUGCCCUCGGUAUUGAUCCGGAAGUGGAUAUCGACGACACGUACCAAUCUGGUUCGCAUAGAAUGAGAAAAGAUAACAUGGAGAGGCUAGAAGACGAUGAGACCCGCCUUGACUCUGGGCUGGCGCGUCGCCUUCGAGAAGACAUGAAACGAGAUGCUCUCGUAUCACGCCACAACCCAGGAGAAAUUGACGAGGAUGAAACCCUGAGCAUGGGUGCAGUGACUCGGAGAAGCAAGUCCGAACCGGAGCCAAACGAGCUUCAAAUUACGUCCGAACUUGUAGAGCAAACUCAAGAGUUUCUUCAACAGCCAGCAAAGGUUAGGCUCGAGCGAGUUCUGGGCUACAUGCGGGAGAAAUAUUUCUUUUGUUUUUGGUGUGGUACCGAAUACAAAAGUCAGGAGGACAUGAAUACUUCGUGUCCUGGAGAGACGGAAGAAAUGCACGACUAG